GCACGGCGCUUCCUGUUCCGGCGCCAGGAGGAGCCGCGCGCUGCUGGUGCUGCUGCCGCCUCCGUCUCCGUCUCCGCUGCCGUCGGUCGGGCUACGCUCGUUCUUCAGCACCCAGUUCUCUCGGACCCAUCGCCGCUUCUAGAUCUUGCUGCGAGUUCGGAUCUUGCCGGGAAAAUGUCUGAUGAAUUUUCGUUGGCAGAUGCGCUACCUGAAAACUCCCCUGCCAAAACCUCUGCUGUGAGCAAUACAAAACCCGGCCAACCUCCUCAAGGCUGGCCAGGUUCCAACCCCUGGAAUAACCCAAGUGCUCCACCUGCUGUGCCAUCUGGACUCCCGCCAAGUGCAACACCCUCCCCCGUGCCUUUUGGACCAACGCCAACAGGGAUGUACCCCUCCGUGCCUCCCACCGGACCGCCUCCAGGACCCCCGGCUCCCUUUCCUCCUUCUGGACCCUCAUGCCCCCCACCUGGGGGUCCUUAUCCAGGCCCUGGCCCCACUGGGCCAUAUCCUACACCAAAUAUGCCCUUUCCUGAGCUUCCAAGACCAUAUGGUGCACCCACAGAUCCAGCUGCAGCUGGUCCUUUAGGUCCAUGGGGAUCCAUGUCUUCAGGACCCUGGGCACCAGGAAUGGGAGGGCAGUAUCCCACCCCCAAUAUGCCAUAUCCAUCUCCAGGGCCAUACCCCGCUCCUCCUCCUCCCCAGGCACCAGGGGCGGCCCCACCUGUUCCGUGGGGCACCGUGCCACCAGGAGCCUGGGGACCACCAGCGCCGUAUCCUGCCCCUGCAGGAUCAUAUCCCACACCAGGACUCUAUCCCACUCCCAAUAAUCCUUUUCAAGUGCCUUCAGGACCUUCUGGUGCUCCACCGAUGCCUGGUGGCCCCCAUUCUUACCAUUAAGUUAACAAUGGAUGAAGAGAUGACGCUUUGCUUUUUGAAGUACAUAGAUAUAUGCACAUGAAUGCAUAUAUAAAAAUUGCUGUUUCCCUAUUCUUAGAGGGCAUUCAUGAAAGAACAACUCUUGCACCUCUCAGAAGAUGUCUGCCUCUUGUGCUUGGAUGUAUAGUACAUCUGAUGGAUACAAUCAGAUAAAAAUGGAAAUGGAAAUCAUUCAAAUGUGAUUUUUAUUUGGUUUUUAUGGAAAGUUAAAGUAAUUACGUAUAUUGAAUAGCUCUUUGCUACAAUUUGUUUAAAACAAACUUCAAUUUGUUUAAAUUAUGAAACUAAACACUUAUAUAAUCACUUUUUCCCCUAAAUAAACACACUUUGAAAACAAUCACAUUGUCAUAAUUUAAACAAAUGAUGCUUCUCAGCAUCUUGAGCUGUUCUUUCUACAGGAUAAAUAAACCUGGUCCUUCUGAGGUUAUAUUUUGGAUAUACAUUUUAAAACUGUUGGUGAUUACUGUCAGAUGUUGAGUUCAUUUUUAUCCUUGAGCUUUUAGUAAAAACUUUUCCUUCGUUUUUAGUUCCAUUGAUAUGUUUUAUUUUUAGCCAGAUGGGUCAUACAGCUCUAAAAUAUGCCCUUUGUGGAAGCUUGUUUCUUUUUAAUGCAGGCCGACGUGUAAAUGUAAAUUAUAUUCUUAGAGAAUUGGUGAUCUCUUUGUAUUGUUUUAGAAUAGAUUGAACUGUCUAUAUUGCUUUGGGAAGAGCUCAAGGAGGAAAUAAUUCUCUCCUUUGUCUGGAACCUCAAAUUGGAGGAGACCCUGGGAACUACUUCAUAGUAAUAAGUAAUUUGCAUUCCCACAAAACACUCUUCUACGGGGCCCUUCCUGUAGUCCCCUUUCCCUCAAUUUUUUAGAAGGGGCACAUCCCAUAAUUCCUCCCUGAUACUGAAAACUGGCCUACUCUAGGGGUCUAUCACAAACACAGAAGUUAGUUUAGAGAACCUCAGUCAUACAGACAUGACUGUUCUUUGUAGAAGUGUGAUCAAAAUAUGUUAAUGUCUUUCAGAGUCUGGUUAAGCUAUGUCAUUGUGUCUCGCAUAGUUUUCCUGGAUCUGUUUGUAAAGUGCUUAUGGUUAGCAGUUCAGUUCUGUAUUUGUUGACAGUAAGACAGGUAAAUAGGUAGAAGAAUGAGUGCCACCCAAAAAUUAUUCUCUAGCUCUAACACUGAGCAUAAUCAUAAAGUAUAGAUCUCUACAAUUGAGUUUAAAGUAGUGUGACUGUGUUACUUAAAAAUAAGUGUUGUUUGUAACCUUCAGAAUAGCUUUUUGGCACCUUAUCUUUAAAUCAUAUUUUUAGAUUUGGGAUAGAACUGACCAUGUUACUUGUCAAUAACAUUUUGAAAUUUUGAAUGUAUCCAUUAGGUUACUAAAAUGUAUUUGUGACUUUCUUGACCAAUAUAUGAGAGAUUUAUGCAGGAGCUCUUACUUUUGCUUAGAAAGAAAAUAUUUGGUGGUUUUAUCUCUCUUAUAGUUAAAAUGUCAAGAAUGCCAAAUGCUGCCAGUUUAAUGGUUUGUUAGCUACCUCCUUUUAAGAAAGCAAGAUUGUCAACUUUCUAGAGUAACCAACAGUAUUUAGGCCUCCCUUAAGUAAAUGAUAGAGUCAAGCUUUCAGAAUUGAAACUAAUUUGUUUAGGUAUUUUCAGACUGGGGAAUGUUAGCUUUUUCAUAGUGGCACAAUCUUUUUCUUUCACUUUUUUGCAGGGACAAGUGGCAGCUAUCUACAGUACUCUUGAAAUCUGUUCUAGCCUUCAAUUUGUAAGGCAGUAGCCUUAGAAGGUAUCAUAGCUUAAAUUAUCAGUUAAUAUCAUAAUAUUAGCUAAUUUUGGAAGGAUGAUAGGAAAAGUGAGAUGGCAACCAAGAUCACUCUCCUUUUGGUUAUUUUCGUUGUCCUACCUUGGGAUAAGUUGACCGCUCUGACUUUAGAUAAAACAUUUAACACUAGAGAGGGUAAUGUUUGACUACAAGAAGAAGAGGUAGCAAGUUUGGGAAUCUAAUCGUGGAAUCUUUAUUAUUAUGAGAGAAAAUCUUAUGCUAAAGGAUUUGAAGGGCCAUGAAUACAAGAUUUGGAGCUACUACCCCUUACAUGAACUGCUGCGACCCACACUGCCUAGCGUGCUGUAGAUGAUACUGCCAUUUUAAAACGGGCUUUUCAAGGGUUUUCCAACUGAUACUUGGGGAAAUUUUUUUAAUGAAUCAGAAUCAAAGGAAAUAGAAUUUCUCCACUUGGGGGAGGGACAUCUCAAUUCUUAAGGGUACGCUGGGCCAGCAGGUAUUUUUAGGUUCAGGGUGCAGUUAAGAAAAGCAGAAGUUGUUUCAAGGGCGAAAUGGAAGAAAGCAUCUAAGAAGGUUUUUUGUCUUUACUAGGGAAUGUUGCUUUUAAAACAAAUUAUGCUAGGCCGAGAUUGGUUUGUGGAACAGGCUGCUUGUUAGAAAGUAUGUCUGGCCUUAAGGGAGUAUGCAGUAAAUAUACUGGCAUUUGGACUUUCAGAGCAGAAAUUUUAAGAUAUAUUUGAUGGAGAUAGUUGAGAUGUGUUGAGGAAUAGUAUGUCUGGAGUUAGGAUCUUAGGUUUUGAAAUUGUUGAGCCUAAAGGUGACAGAAAUUCAAAUACAGACCUUGGGUCCUCACUCAUACACACAGUCCUCAAAAAUCAAGGCUCCUUAAAGAAGUGCUUACAAUGCCUUGGCUUGUCUUACUAGACUCGGCCUAAUGCUUUUGAAGAUGGCUGUUUACAGCUCUGACUGCAUAGCCCUGUUUUCUGUAAAGUAAUAUAUUGAUUAUUCAGGAAUAAGUGCAUUUUUUAAUUACUAAAGGGCCUCCUUCCUUUGUUAGUUUUACUGCUUACUGUUUUCAGUAGAGAAUAAUAAGGGUGGCUAAGACAGUAAUGGACAGAUUCGAUCCCUGGGUCAGGAAGAUCCCCUGGAAAAGGGAAUGGCUACCCAUUCCAUUAUUCCUGUCUGGAGAAUUCCAUGGACAGAGAAUAAUAAAGGGGCAGAGUAGAAAGGGGGUGGUCUAUCACACCGCUACAAUGGGAUAUUGGAAUAUUUUCUAGGAAACAAGUCGGUUUUGCCCCUGGUAUUUUUACCUCACAGUUAUUAGUGCUACCUAUUGUACUCAGAUGUAUAGCUUUUGGAACUUUGUGUAUAUCAACAUAGCUCUACUCAAGUGUCAGUUAGAAUACUGUGCCUAGCUUGCAAAUCAGUCAGUUGCCUACACUUCUAAGAGAUUCGUGCCAAUGUCUUCCUUUCUCACCCUGAAUAAUCUAGUGCUAGAUUUGUAAAAUGCCUGGUUUAUAAACCUUGGAAAUUAAACCUAAGCACAGACCUUCAAGUGUUCAAGUUUUUGAAAAGCAAAAGGCUUAAUUCAGAUGGAUCACACUGAUCCACUGUACUAUGCAUAGAAAGUGGUGGGUGGCUUUCAGGGAAGACUAUAAUUUUAUCUUAAUAGAGCAAUAUUUAGUGUUGAGGACAGGCACUGUUCUUUUUAAUUUCAGAAUUCUGCCAGGUAAAACAAAAAUUGCCAAUAAAAUAAUUGGUAUUAAAGAAAUGGCCAUGCAAGCUUCUGGCAAUAGAAAGCCUCUGAAGACUGCAUUCAUUCAGCAGACACUUAAAUGUCCAUAAUCCAGGUGCUUUUGUCAGAUGCCAGAGAUACGGAGAUGAAGAGGAUGCCCUUCAGAGGCUAGCCUAGGUAGGGGUAGGCAUUACAGGUUCGAUGAGUACACCCAGUAUUAGUUUCCUGGAUAAACAUUUUAGUAUUCCUGCUGGUGGAAGUUUUGGACUAGCCUUUGGGUAUUUAAAGAACAAAGUAUGGAAUACUUUUUUUUUUUUUUUUUAAGUAAGAAAAUGCUUUUCAAGACUGUAGUGUUUGUUGAUGCAACUAUUCAAGCACACAAAGUAACGGGAUGUUUUGCCUCUUCAGUUUUCCCCUGGAUAAAGGCACUUUCACUGCCUGCCACUGAUCAGCAGAUCCUGAUUUGUUGCCAUUAAGUAAACUUGACUUCUUAUGUGUGCUCUAUAAAGGUUUUGUAUUUUUUCCUUGAUAUUGUAAUUUUUUUCACUGAUUUAAUAAUGACAAAUUUAAUGUAUGUAAUUGUCUAUGCAUUUUAAGUUAAACUGCCUAAAAUGUGAUUUGCCACAUAUACAUUUGUUUGUAUUAUAAACUGUAAGCAAUCUGUUGGAGAUGUUAGGUUUUAUCACCUGCUGCUGUAUUUGUAAACAAAGACAAAUGUUGCUUUAAGACGUAAUUAUAAUUAGGGAUAGUCUAUGGAUGUGAUACUUGAUAUUUUUUAAGAUAAACUUGUUUGCUUUUGUGUAUUA